AGCGUGUUUUCUUUGCGCGGGAAGAGGAAGGCGCGUUUGGAGCCUGCGGAAUGGAGGCGGUGUAAAAUGGUGUUCCCGGAACGUGCCACUGAGCUCUUCAGAGGUGGUUGCUUGAUGCGUUUAGCAAGGAGACUGGUGGGAUUCAAAAGCUGGGAAGGCAUAAUUUGAUAUUGCGAAGUGCACAUACUAACAGCACGGCGCUGGGGGUGGGGGUGGCAAUUAAAAUUCGGCCUAGCAAAUCACAGGGUAUGUUUACAAAGCUGAUAAUUAAGCUAAGCCUGCAGCCCUAAAACACUUGGGAGCAAGUCCUAUUGGAUUCAAUGGGACUGAAUAAACCCUAGUUCCCAAAAGGCUUUUGGUGAUGUACAGAAUUAGUCCUGACCCUUAUACAGUACUGUAAUUUUUUGUAAUUUGAUAUAUACCAGCGUGCUGGAUACGUACAGAACACAAAGAUGUGCAAUCUAACUUGGCUUGGAUCCAGAAUUAGCUUUGUAGUGUUUCACCCAGUCUGCCUUCUUGAAACAAAGGGCUUUUUGUGUGGGAGAGAUGGAGAGACAAGGAUUUGCAUUAGUUUGAUUUUAGCCAAUGCUGAUAAGAACUGAAAGUUUUUAGAAACGGACUUGCCCAUCAGACACCACAAAUGAAGAACUUGGUGGGGAAAGCUCCCAAAGAAUGCUGUGUACCAGAAGCCCCACAACAGAGCUCAUCCUGCCCCCUGAAGGGUUUAUAAGUACAGUAUUAAUUAUCAACAAGGCGCCUUUUGUACUGUUUUUCAAUGCCUGCUAAAACCUUUUUCUUUAUGUGAUCCUUCACAAUAAAAUGAAGUUGUACUUUUUAUUUUCAGCAGUUCCAUUUCUUGACCUCUUAUACAGUGAGUGAUGGUCACAAGUCUCAGCACUGUUGAUUUAGAACACAUUCCUGAUUCAGGAGUAUUGCGGCCAGCCUCGUACUGAUAGCUGGCAUUGAUCUUAAUAGCCUAUGAAACAAACUCCUAGACAAAAGUGAUAUUGUAUAGUAAUGCUAUUAAAGUUAGGUAUUACUGUAUUGCAUUUGCAUAUAAAUAAAAUCUAACAAAAAUCCAACAGAAGCAAUAUUCCAAAGGCAACAUGUUUCUGAAUAAAAACAACAGGAUUAUGUGACCCCUUAAAAGCCAACCAUCUUAUUGCAGCAUGAUGAGUAUUUGAUGAGCCUACUUUGUAGAAUAGAUCAUCAGGUGUAUGAAGCAGACACACAGCUCAGAGGUCUGUACAAAAUAUCCCAGUGAAAACAUUGUGUUGAAUCUUGCAGCAGGAUUGUCUGAGCUGCAGGCGGAAGGGCAACACGUGCCUUUCCUGCUGUAGCAAAGUGCAUCUCGGUGUAAUCUCCUUUGCUUUAAUAUAGCUUAGGGCAUCAUUGUAGGGCUGGAGAUAACAGAAAGAAAACACAAAUCCCAGGAGAAGAGAACAGAGCCUAUCUCCAGAAAAGAUGCUAGUUUCACCGAUGGCUGAGAGAAACAAGGAAACCAUCCUCGAGGUGCUGGCUGACUAUGUGGAUGACACAAGCUCAGCUUUUGGGCUUGAACUGGGAUCUGGCACAGGACAGCAUGUGGUGCACUUUGCCCAGGCCUUACCCACGGUCAUCUGGCAACCCUCAGAGAUCAGCCCAGCUUCUCAACAGAGCAUCUCUGCUUACAUCCAAGCCACCAAGGUGACCAAUGUCCGAGAACCCCUUGCCAUAGAUGUAACACAGCCAUGGGACCAGUGGGCUGGCUUGAGUCAAGGCUGUUGUGACUUCAUCAUUAUUAUUAACCUGCUGCACAUGACUGAUCAAGGCCUGGAGGGAAUGUUUAAAGGCAUAGGACAACUGCUGAAACCUGGAGGCAUUUGCUUGGCCUAUGGGCCCUUUGCUGUUAAUGGGAUCAUCCUCCCAGAGUGCAAUGUGCAACUGGAUAACAUGCUCCAGGCCAGAAAUCCUGAGUGGGGACUGAGAGAUGUGGAGGAACUUCGUCAACUGGCAAACAUUAAUGCACUUCGGCUCGAGCGCAUGCUGGAGAUGCCUGAAUACACCAAAUGUUUGAUCUUUCGGCGGAGGGAGUUGUGAUCUCUGGCUACGGAAAAGUCAAAGGAGGACUGCCCUAUUUAU